ACGCCGUGUCCUUCCGUGGCAGGAUUUCCCUCCUUUGCCGACGCGCCACCGCUCAGCCUAUAAAAAGUGUAACCUGACCUCGCCACCUCGCCACCGAUCGGAUCUAAUCCAUCCGUAGUCUCGCGCUUUCCACUUGCACCGAGCUCCACACUGUUCCAUCGCCUACUCCGUCCUCUUCGUUCCCCGCGUCACCGUCUCGUCAUCCAUGGAGGGCAAGGACAGCAAGCAGGACACCGCCGCCGCCGCACCGGACGGGGCGCCGCAGCCUGCGCCGUUUCCCGCGGCGGCACCAGCCGAGGAGGCGCGGUGGGGCACGCGGCAGAUGGGCCCACCGGCGGCCCCCGGGGCGCACCCGGAGAACAAAGAGGCGGCGCAGUGGACGGCGGCUCGCGGGGACCAGGAGCUGCCGCCGUACAUCAUCAUGGGGGAGGUGCCCGUGGCACCGCCGCAGCGGCAUAGGCAGCAGAAGGGGGACAGCCCGAUGGAGCACAUCCUCGACUUCUUCAACACCUGGAGCCGGAAGGCCGAGGAGCUCGCCUCCAACAUCUGGCUCAACCUGAAGACGGCGCCUUCGAUCUCUGACGCUGCGAUGGGGAAGCUCAGCCUUGGCGCAAAGGCCCUGACGGAGGGCGGCUUCGACAAGCUGUACAAGCAGACUUUCUCCCCCAACCCUGAGGAGCACCUGAAGAAGACCUUCGCAUGUUACCUGUCAACGGCAACAGGCCCUGUUGCUGGCACGCUCUACCUGACGGAUAUGAACGUAGCAUUCUGUAGUGACCGCCCGCUCUCAUUCACGGCGCCGUCUGGUCAGAUUGCUUGGAGCUACUACAAGGUGAUGAUCCCCUUGAACAAAAUCGCGACGGUGGAGCCAGUGACGAUGAAGGAGAAUCCGCCGGAGAAAUACGUCCACAUCGUCACGGUGGAUUCCCAUGACUUCUGGUUAAUGGGCUUCGUCAGCUACGACAAGGCCGUGCACAAUCUCGUCGAGGCGGUCUCCCAGACCCAGCAAGGCACCCCCUAUAAUGCAGCCGGUAGCGAGUGAUGAGCGUCCGUUCGUCAGAAACUUGCAUGGUGUUUGGUACCCGCACAUAUUGCUCUGUACUGUACAUUACUUGUGUCCUCUGGACGAUGGCCCACCCAAUAAGCCCUAAAGUUGCUAUUGAUGUCUGAGUUUGUGUGAAUGUUUUUGGGUUUGUAUAAUCGAUGUUAUAGUUAGCUUGUGAGUUUUUGUAUUU